GGACCGUUUCAGCAACGCAAAAAACAGAGUUCACGCACGAAACCAUUGUUUAAACAACAUUUCAAUUUGCAAAUUAUUGCGAAAGAUCGGGGCGCUCGAGGAAGGGGGCGGAUACGGUGAGCGCCGAGCGGCGCCAGCCUAUGGUGUCCAAGAGCGCGCGGUAAAAUAAAGGAACGGUGGAGCGCGAGCAGCCGCUGACAGCGACAUUCCGUUGGGGGACGCGCUGAACGCGACUGGGACGCGUCACCGAGCGGUAAACAUGUCCGGGACGGUUGUGUGUCUCCUGCUCGGGGCGGCGCUGCGUCUGAUUGACACUGAGGCCUCCAGUUUGCCUUCUGCUCCCAGUCCUUCUGGCCAAUGCGAGGACACCACCAGAUAUCUAGAGAAAGAACUAAAUCUCUGCUGUACACUCUGUAAACCAGGGAUGCGCCUGAAGGUAAAGUGCAGCUCCACCUCAGACACUGUCUGCGAGCCAUGCCCACAUGGCAGUUACAUUGAGCAGAUGAACUACUUUCCCAGAUGCUUCCGGUGCUCACAGUGCAAAAUCGAUAGGGGCUUGCAGUACCUGCAGAAGUGCAACAGCUCAACUCCAUCUACGUGCAUGUGCCAGGAGGGGAUGUUCUGCAUAUUCAGAGGUCCCAGCAGCGACUGCAAAGAGUGCAAGCCGUUCACCCGCUGCCCUCCCGGCCACGGAGUCUCCCGGACAGGGAUGGAGAAUUCGGAUGUAAAAUGCUCUCCCUGCCCCGAGGGAACGUUCUCUGAAAAAUCCUCCUACACUGAGAAAUGCCAGCGUCACACGGACUGUGAAUCCCAAGGAAGGAGCGUCCUUUCGCCUGGAGACGCUACGUCAGAUGCCAAAUGCGGAGCUGUGGUGAGGCCAACCUUGACCUCUGACCCCAGGACCACAUCCACCACCCAAACAGUGUCCACUGGGAGCACUGGGAGAUCCACUGUCAGCUCCACUGUCGGCUCCAUUGUCAGCUCCACUGGCUUCCUCGUACCCAGAGUGCGUGGGACAGAACCCCAGGACCGCAAAUGGAUUAUGGUGUGCGGAGUUUCGGUGGCAGCCGCCGCUGUCGUCCUCCUUUCCGUUGCGUGGAUGCUGAGCAGGAAGAGAGCUCUUGGAAGGGCAGCCAGUCAGUCCCCUGCUUGCAAGAAAAAAGCCUUGGAUCUGCAGGACGGUCGUCCCGCCGGCAUUGGCAGCCGGCUGCUGGAGCGUACGCGACCGGGCGGCUCCGUGGCGGGACAGGCGCUGUCGCCGUGCCAGGAGGACAGCCUCUGGGGGCUGCUGCUUCCCAGGGAGAAGGACCCCAAGGAGAGGCACGUGUCAGCGAGCGAGGGCCAGAAGGCGGCCCGCUGAAAGGGUCCGCGGCUGCCAGUUUUCUAGGGGUUACGCACCGUGAGCCAACGGAGAAGUGGUCUGGAGGAGUUGUUUGGAGGGGAGCGGCCUUGGUGGACACAUGGUCCUACGAAUGGCUCAGAUCCGUUGACUGGAACCGGACCCUCUGUCCAUGUUGCCCCUAAACACACGCCGGAGAGCGUGUCCAUGUGCUACGUUUUCUGGAGAUGGGAGGCAAAGGAACACUUUGUACUGCCUGCGGUCCAGGACCUUGACCAAACGGUGCUUUUUUUAAUCCUCAGUCAAAGGAGAAAACAUAUCUGACCGCUGUUUUCGUAGUUUGGUUUAUUAUGUCUGUGAUUGCUGUCUUUAAAUUGGUGUUAAAUGUGCAGAAAAGAAAGAAAUUAUAGAUUUUUUCAAGUGCCGAAACCAAGAAUUUUUGUUUAUGCUUUGGGGUACAUUUUUGAGUCAUUUGGAAAGUGUGCGUCUUUGCUGUUCACCGGCAAGUCGUUUGUAGUGAAUAAUGAACUAUAUAGUCUAUAUCGAUUGCUGUAAUUUCAUCAUUUCUCUUCUGUUAGUAUUACCACACCUGGGGGGGGGCAUCACUACUGCAAAGAAUUUAUAUGUGUUAAUGUGAUAUAAGCCUUUUAUUUUUAACU